GUCACGCGCAGCGUCUCUCGCCGGUGAGCGGCGGCCGCAGCCUGAGGGGUCCGUGAGGGGACUCGGGACGGAGCGGGGCCGUGCGGGAGGGCCCUGGAGCGGAGCUGGGCGGAGCGGGAGGGCCCCGCACGGGUGUGCCGCCCUUUCUGCUGCGCGUGUCCCACAGCGGCGGAUCCAUGUCUUUCCUUGUAAGUAAACCCGAGCGCAUUAGGCGGUGGGUGUCUGAGAAGUUCAUUGUUGAGGGAUUAAGAGAGUUCGAGCUGUUCGGAGAGCAGCCUCCGGGUGACUCUCGGAGAAAAACAAAUGAGGCGAGCUCCGAGUCGAUAGCUUCUUCCCCUAAAAGGGACACCAUGAGCAACUUCCUGCCAGACAGCAGCUGCUAUGAGUUGCUCACUAUCAUAGGCAGAGGCUUUGAAGACUUGAUGGUUGUGAACCUGGCCAGGUAUAAACCCACAGGAGAGUAUGUCACAGUCAGAAGAGUGAACUUGGAGGCCUGCACGAAUGAAAUGGUCACAUUCUUGCAGGGGGAACUUCAUGUUUCCAAACUCUUCAACCACCCUAACAUCGUGCCAUACAAAGCAACUUUCAUAGCUGACAAUGAGCUGUGGGUAGUGACUUCUUUCAUGGCCUAUGGUUCUGCAAAAGAUUUAAUCUGUACCCAUUUUACAGAUGGGAUGACUGAACUGGCCAUUGCUUACAUUCUCCAAGGUGUCUUGAAAGCACUUGACUACAUCCACCAUAUGGGCUAUGUGCAUAGGAGUGUUAAAGCCAGCCAUAUCCUGAUCUCUGUGGAUGGGAAGGUGUACCUCUCUGGCCUGAGGAGUAACCUGAGCAUGAUCAACCAUGGGCAGCGACUCAAAGUUGUUCAUGACUUCCCCAAAUACAGCAUCAAAGUGCUGCCUUGGCUCAGUCCUGAGGUUUUGCAGCAGAAUCUGCAGGGUUACGAUGCAAAAUCUGACAUUUACAGCGUGGGGAUAACAGCCUGUGAGCUGGCAAAUGGACACGUCCCAUUUAAAGACAUGCCUUCCACUCAGAUGCUCUUGGAAAAGCUGAAUGGAACUGUUCCCUGCCUGCUGGACACCACCACCAUUCCUGCUGACGAGCUGACCAUGAAGACGUCACGCUCCAGCGCCAACUACGGCAUGGGGGAGAGCACGGCCGUGAGCAACGCACGCGCGGCCAACGGGGAGCCAGCCCUGCACCCCUACCUCCGCACCUUCUCCACCUACUUCCACAACUUCGUGGAGCAGUGCCUCCAGAGGAACCCCGAUUUCAGGCCAAGCGCAGGCACUCUGCUCAGUCACCCCUUUUUUAAGCAGAUCAAGCGCCGUGCUUCCGAAGCACUCCCUGAACUUCUGCGUCCUGUCACCCCCAUCACCAAUUUGGAAGGGACACUGCCCCAGGAUCCCAGUGGCAUUUUUGGGUUGGUAUCAAAUCUGGAGCAGCUGGAUGUGGAUGACUGGGAAUUCUAAAAAAACAGGGACUACACUGAGGAGGAGCUUUCUGGACAUUGUAAUUUAUUGGUCCUGUUCAUAAAGCUGAUGAAUGUUACACACAGAAGAGUUUACAGGUCCUUGGGAAGGAACUUCAGCUGUCUGUUUACUUAAGAAGUAGCCUGGAUACAAAUGGACAGACCUGAGCUGGAAAAGGAUUAACCCAAGGAGCUGUGGAGUAUUCCAGAAGGUGCAGUGCCCAGAGGCCCCAUUCUUCCAGCUGAGCUCUGGUAGAGUGCUUGAGGGUGUUGAGUGAGUCUGUGUAGUUAUGGUCUCUAUUUAUGUGUUUCUAAAAAUCACUGGCUUCCUCACAGUUGAGGCUGCAUGUCCCUGCCCUCUUUGGUUCCUUCUCAUUUAAGGGUGCCUUAGAGUUGAGGGGAGGUGGGCAGCUUUUAGUUUUGGGCAUUCUCUUAGAACUAGUCAAGUUCCUGUAACAGUGUUGUCACAGGGCAAGUUUUAAGGGGGGAAAAAGGGGAUUAUAUUCUUAGUUAUGGAAAACAGGAGAUCACAGACAAGCUGAUGCCAUUCCAGGCACUUCUGCUGCACUGGAUCCUUCCAGUCUGGAGAGGGCUUUUGAAGACUUGUCAAUGGAUGCUGAGCACUCUGAACUCCAGGUCAGACAGGGCCUUCCAGCUCCCCUUCCUGCUCCCUGGUUCACCAGAGCAGUGGGGAUGCCUGGGCAAUGUACCAGCUUUUUUAUCCCCUUCCAGUUGAACUUCAUGUUUCACAGCACGAAACACUCUUACCUGCCUGUUCUCAGUGACUUACCCUGGCACAGAGGAAAAGUAAAUUGAUUUUCAUGCUGAUCCUCUUGCUCACAACUCCUGUACAGAAUUGAACUUUAACCUUUCCAUUACCAUUGCUGUUCUGCCUUCCCUCACUGACAGGUAAAAGCUGCUCACGUGGCUCCCUGUGAUUCAUGGCUGUGUGACUCUGCCCUGCAGCUGUGGCAGCUCUCCCCCAUUCCGUGGUGUUUGGUUUGUUUGGAGGUGUAUUUAAGGCUUUUAGUUUGACUUUUUUUUCCAAGGACCAUGGUGCUGAAGGUCAUCUGCUCUUUACUGAAGCACUGAGAAUCCUUGUAUAGGUGCAGUUGAUGGGAGUAGUGGUGCUGGCAACAGGUCCUUCUUGUGUUUAUAAAUUGUACUUGAACCCAGAUAAAGUUUGUUACUCUAGGUUUUUUUCCAAAACAAAUAAAAUAUUUCUGAAGUUGUUUUUUUAA